AGUCGACAAACUAAUAACGCAUGUCUUAGCGUAUUUGUUUGUAGUUUUCUGCCGAUUUCAACCUCCGUCGUAGUCUCGAUCUCUAGAUUGAUUACUUGAUUCAAACUAGCGAUCUUUUAGUUUAUCCGGCGGUGUUAAAUCUUCUUCCGCCGUACUACGCACUUGUUUACUGUUGACGAAUUCAUUCGGAGUUCGGUGUUUGCUGGAUGAAUCGGAGGACCUUACUCGUUUAAUCACUUUUGUGUUGAAUAACCAAUGAUGAUGUCAGGGUAUAACAUCAAGGAUCUAAUUCAAGAAGCACAAUCCCGGUGGCUAAGGCCAGGAGAGGUGCUUUUUAUACUGAAGAAUUAUCAGGAAAACCAGCUUAACCAUGAGCCCCCUGAAAAGCCACCCAGCGGCUCUUUGUUUCUUUUUAACAAGAGGGUCCUUCGUUUUUUCCGUAAAGAUGGUCAUAGUUGGCGUAAGAAGAAGAAUGGAAAAAAUGUUGGGGAAGCACAUGAACGUCUAAAGGUCGGAAAUGUUGAAGCUUUAAAUUGUUACUAUGCACACGGCGAUCAGAAUCCAAAUUUCCAGAGGCGUAGUUAUUGGAUGUUGGAUUUGGCAAUGGAGCAUAUUGUACUUGUUCAUUACAGAGAUAUAACCAUAGGUAAGUAUAGUGCUGGUCCUGCUGGACCCACCUUGGGAUCUUCUAAUAUCAUUCAGGAUUCCAACUCCUAUGCCAAUCAGCCUCUUUUGUCUGCUGAUGCUAGUGCAUUUGGUGGACCUUACAACAGCAUUUCUGGUCCCAGUCCUGUAGAAAUCAGUCCAGAUGUUGUUACCAAGUCCAAUGGGGCAAGCUGCUUGAAUCUAACAGAACAAAUUGAAGAAAUUGAUGGUUCGCCUGAUUUCCAAAUUUAUCAGGCAUUGAAAAGGAUGGAAGACAAGUGGAGCUUGGACCACCCGAAGGAUACUGGCUCAUUCUUUAGCAAGAAUGAACAUCCAAAUGAAUUAGGAUUCACAAUUAAUGAACAAAGUUAUAGUGGAUCUGAAGGAUUGCAAUAUGGUUCAGAUGAUUAUGUGUCUCUACAAUAUUCAGGUCUAGAUAAAGCUCAAGAGCAGCUAAGCACACCGAAAACUGGUGCAACUGACUAUGGGAGACUACAUCAAUACCAUCAGCUACCCAAAGAAUUUACUAUUCCAAGUCAACAAACUUUAAUUUGGGAGGACAUGCAAAAAUACGAUAAGAGUGCAUCAUGUGAUGAUUUACUAGAGAAUUAUCUAUACCCAUCAGAUAAAAAUGAAGUGCUUUUGCCUCGACUAAGAAGUGAUCCAGUAGAAGAGCAAGGGAAGUACCAUUCUGGAGAUACUGGUCAUAGUAAUGGCUCAUCCAUAUUGCUGUCUCAAGAACUUGAAGACUCAACAUUUCCUUCAUACACCCCUCCAAGAAAUAUGUACCAAAGUGAUCCAGACUUAUACUCAACGUUGUUUGACCAAGGACAGACUAGAACACUGCUUGCAUCAGGUUCCACUUUAACCAUUGCUCAAGAGCAGAAAUUUACUAUUCGUGUGAUAUCCCCAGAGUGGGGCUACACGACUGAGCCAACAAAGGUACUUAUAGUUGGGUCUUUUACUUGUGAUCCGUCAAAUCGUGCAUGGGUUUGUAUGUUUGGUGACACUGAAGUUCCUGUUGAGAUUAUUCAGGAGGGAGUCAUCUGUUGCCAGGCUCCACUUCAUUCGCCUGGAAAAGUUACUAUUUGUAUUACAUCUGGCAAUCGAGAGGCUUGUAGUGAGGUCAGGGAGUUUGAGUAUCGUGAUAAGCAAAGCAUGUAUGUGCGUACUAACUUAACAGAGAAUGAAUCAAGUAGGAGCUCCAAGGAAUUGUCAUUACUUGUCAAAUUUGUGCAGAUGCUACUAUCUGAUCAAGUUGGGCAAAAUGGAAAAAGUGUCGGAAUUGAUCUUCUGGAAAGUUCAAUGGCUGGUGAAGAAUCAUGGGCUCAAGUCAUUGAGGCUCUUUCAGAUGGCCAUCUAGCAUCAUCUAAAACUUCAGAUUGGCUCCUGGAAGAACUUCUAAAAGACAAGUUGCAAUGGUGGCUUUCCUCUAAAUUGCAGGAUAAGAAUGCCCUUCCUGCCUUGUCCAAAAAAGAACAAGGGAUAAUACACAUGGUUUCCGGAUUGGGCUUUGUGUGGGCAUUAACACCUAUACUUAAAUCUGGAGUUGGCAUAAAUUACCGUGAUAUUAAGGGUUGGACUGCUCUCCAUUGGGCUGCACGUUUUGGAAGGGAAAAGAUGGUAGCUGAACUCGUAGCUUCUGGUGCAUAUGCUGGAGCAGUUACAGAUCCCAGUGAACAAGAGCCAACUGGAAAAACCCCAGCAUCUUUAGCUGCCGGAUACGGACACAAAGGGCUCGCAGGUUAUCUCUCGGAGGUGGCACUAACUAGCCAUCUUUCAUCCCUCACGCUGAAAGAAAGUGAACUAUCCAAAUGUUCUGCUGAUGUUGAAGCCGAAAGAACAGUAAAUAGCAUCUCGAACUCAAAUCUCAUUGUAAACGAGGAUCAUCUGUCUCUCAAGGACAUGUUUGCCGCUGUGAGGAAUGCAGCUCAAGCUGCUUCGCGUAUACAAGCUGCUUUCCGUGCACAUUCUUUCAAGAAGAGGAAACAGGAGGCUGCUGCAUAUGCUAGGGGAGAUGGGUACGAAAUCCUUCCAAGUGACAUUGAAAGUCUUUCAGCAGCAUCAAAAUUGGCUUUCGGAAAUGCACGCCAUCAUAGUGCUGCAUUAUCUAUCCAGAAGAAAUAUCGAGGUUGGAAAAGUCGAAAGAAUUUCCUUGACCUCCGCCAGAAAGUAGUGAAGAUACAGGCUCAUGUAAGAGGUCAUCAGGCAAGAAAAAACUAUGAAGCUAUCUGCUGGGCUGUUGGUAUAGUUGAGAAAAUCGUCUUGAGGUGGUACCGGAAAGGAGUUGGUUUACGAGGAUUCCAUCUGGAUUCCAUUGAUGAAAAUGGAGAUGAAGACAUUAUCAAGGUAUUUCGGAAGCAGAAUGUGGAUGUUGCUCUAAGUGAAGCCGUCUCCAGGGUGCUGUCUAUGGUGAACUCUCCACCUGCCAGGCGGCAAUACGGUCGCAUGCUUCAAAAGUAUCAACAAGCCAAGGCUGAACGAGGAGGAGGGUUGGAAAGUGAAGGAGCCUCAACGUCUCAAGAUAUGGAGACUGAAGACCUGUACGAUGAAUGGUUGAUUAGUUGAUAAAUGGUAAAAGAUAGUCAGGCCUGGUGGGUGAGUUUGUUGUGUGUAUAUAAUUAUAUAUAGUUAAACAUGUGGUCCAAAUGUGGACGUGAGAUUGGAUUUUAGUUGUAAACCUCUGUAAGUAAAACCAGCGAUAAAUGGGUUCCCUUCUCUCACCCAACUUUAGGCACAACAGAGAAUCGUCCAAC